AUGUCACAGGUAUUGUAUGUGGACGAUUUUAUGUACAGCUUUACACCAAGAUCGGGGGCCCAGUUACUGUCUCGGCCUCAGUUAACAUCAUUAUCAUCCGGACGCUCUGUCUCCACACAAAAACAAGACUACAAACGCAUUUGUUACUAUACAAACUGGUCUCAGUAUAGAACGGGUCUAGGGAAAUUCACCCCAAAGAAUGUGGACCCUUUCUUAUGUACUCACAUCGUGUUUGCUUUUGCAAAGACUUCUGGGAACAGGAUUGAAGCCGUGGAAUGGAACGAUGAAUCAACAGAGUGGAGCAAGGGAAUGUAUGCAAGAAUAAAUAAUCUAAAAAGGAGAAAUCCAAAGCUUAAAACCUUAUUGGCCAUAGGAGGCUGGACUGAGGGUAAUGCGCCAAUCAGCACAAUGGCUUCCACCAAUGAGAGCCGGGAUGAGUUCGUCAGCACCACCAUACAGUAUCUACGAACAAGAGGAUUCGACGGCCUCGAUUUGGAUUGGGAGUAUCCAGGGUCAAGGGGCGGGCCUCCCGAAGAUAAAGAAAAUCUUAUACACUUGCUCAAAAAACUGAAAUCCGAGUUUACAAAGGAGGCUAGGGAGACUGGGAGAGAUCCUUUACUUCUGGCGAUUGCUGUUCCUGUGGGCGAGGAAAGGAUUAAUUCCGGAUACAACAUUCCGGAAGUCAACAAGUACGUUGAUUUUAUCAACCUGAUGGCGUACGAUUUCCAUGGAGCCUGGGAAGCUCAGACCGGUCACCACAGUCCACUGUUCAAAGGGAAAGCAGAGAGGUGGUACGCGGCGCAACUAAACGUCCAAUGGUCUGCAGCAUAUUGGAGGCGAAACGGUGCAUCAAGGGACAAAAUGAUAAUAGGAUUGGCUAUGUACGGCAGAGGGUAUAAGCUUCAGUACCCAUCCAUUAAUGGUAUCGGAGCCCAGGCUCUUGUGGGUAGCAACGGCAAUUCCAUGGGCCCAUUUACAAAAUCGAAGGGACUUUUGGCAUACUACGAGGUUUGUAGUCGUCUGAAUGGUAAUGGUGUGGAAAUUUGGGAUGACGAGAGGCGUGUUCCAUACAUGUAUGAUGGUAGUGACUGGUUGGGAUACGAAAACGUCCGCAGUGUUAUCGAGAAGACAAAAUGGACAAUGGAUCAUGGUUAUGCUGGCGUAAUGAUAUGGGCUCUUGAUCAAGACGACUUUACAGGACACUUUUGUAAAGCAGGAAAAUAUCCUUUGCUGUCGGCAAUUAACAAAACUCUAAGAGAGUAUACACCGAAACUGCUUUCUUCAAGCCUGCACAAUAAGGGCGACAUAGCAGACGAUAUGUUAAAAUACGAAGGCACUACUAAUAGAAUUGUUGAUUCAACAUCAUUUAGUCUAACAGGAUUAACAUCAAGACAAAUACAAGAAAGAAAUAAUAUCAUUGAUACUACAACAGCAGCAGCACCAACAACAACGCAAAUUCCAACAACAACGCAAAUUCCAACGACACGCAUUCCAACAACACACAUUCCAACAACACAAAUACCAACUACAAACAUUCCAACAACACGCAUUCCAUUAACACACUUUCCAACAUCAGAUUUAUCAACAACUACAACAAAAAUCACAUCAGAGGGAACAUCGACGCCAAAAACAUCCUCAGUGACAACCUCUUCUACCACAAUAAUAGCGACAUCGGAAAUAGGAAAUGAAUAUAAUUCGAAUAUAGAAAGUAUCUCCACAAUGGUCUUGGAUUCCAACCAAGCUGCAGCCAAUUCAAGUUCCACAUCAAACCGGUCACUUGGUGACAGCAGUUUUGAUUCUUCAGUUUCAAAUAGUGUUGCACUAGAACUGACAUUGGAAAAUAAAACAGCAGAAAGACUAGAUAUCACCGAAAAUCUUACAGUUACCAUAUCAAACACUACAAAUAUUAUUCAAGAUAAUUCUAUCAUGGAAACAACAACCUCACCGAUUGUGCGACCAAACCGAAUGAUCAUGUCUUUAGUUGCUCCAUCCGAAGUGUAUUAUUCAACUGAUAUUGUUCAUAAAGGAAGAACUCUUCUGCAAGUCGAUCGUGGCAGUAAUGACCAACAAGGGACUAGUGGCAGUGGUUCGUCCUCGGGAUUUACUAGUGUACUGAACUCCUUGUUCAGUGUUUUGUCAGAGUUUGGCGGAUUAAGAGGGGGAGGCCGGCGAUCUUCCAACCAAAGAAAUGGUAAUGGUGAUAGUUCUGGACAGAGAAAUGCUGACUCGUCGAGGCAAAGAAAUGCUGAUUCAGUGCGUUCAAGAAACACCGACUCUACACGUCAAAGAAAUGGUGAACCCCAACGACAAAGAAAUGUAGAUGCAAUGCCAAUGAGGAAUAGAGACGUUCCUGCUCAAAGAGUUAAUACUGAUUUACAGAGAGCUCGAAACAGGUUACCGAGCGGAUCUAGGAAUGUAGACCCUUCACGUCAAGAAAGUAUUGAUCCUCCUAGACAAAGAUUUGUUCCUCGCCAAAGGAAUAUAGAACCAGUCGAAAAUAUACAAAGAAGUGGGGACCAAACAUUGCGACGCACUGGAGAUGUAUUAAGAAGAAGAAACGAUGAUUCAGUUCGACAGAGAAAUGGAAUGCGGCGAAGAAAUAAUGAAAUGUUACGACAACAAAACAGUAACGGUGACAUUAUACGACAACGAAAUCCAAACGUGGACUUUUUACGUCAACGAAACGGAAAUGCAGAUCUUUUGCGACAGCGAAACAAUGAUUUAACGCAACAGCAAACUGUUCCGAGAAAUAUUGAUGUCAUUCGACAAAGAAACAAUGCAGCAUUAAAUCCAAGAGCUGCUGAAACACUUCGUCAAAGAAUUCCAGAAACCCAGAGAAGAAAUCUACAACGAACUCCGGGUCAAAUACCAAACAGAAUUAUGCCACAGUCAGGAACACGGAACACAGUUAACCCUCAGUUCAAUCCAUUUCAAAAUGUAGAAAUGGCAACCAUCCCACAAAACUUAGGUCCCACCUCUGCGCAGCGAGGGAGACCAACUUCAAACAAUAUUCCCAGCUUAGAUUUACUUGAAACUCUUGCACAGGGAUCUCCACGAAUCAGGGAUUCCAGGUUGAAUGGAAGAGGAAGAGAAACAAAUGGAAUUCCUAAUCGAAAUCCAACUCAAAUCAACCCCGGAGUUCCGGAUAUUUCUGCACUGACAGACAUGUUUAUGACUCAGGAUCCUCAGAAUCAGCUCCUGCAACAAGAAGCAGUUCAAACGUCUAUAACUGAAGCUAUGCUUUCUUCAGAUUUCUUGAACAGAGCUAGUGGAUUUGGAGGAAUGCGACGUUCUGCGUCUGAUAAUCUCCAAACACCAGAUAUCUUUGGCAAUAGAACUAUGACUACUAAUACGCAAGCUACACAAAUGCAGGAAUCGUUGUUUAACGAAAUCAGAAACAGGCAACCCUCACUGAAUUCAAACUCAAUUGAUACAAUUGAUCUCUCAUUCUUAGAAUCCCAAGUUGAAGAGGGAUUUGCAAGAGAUCGAGCCCAGGAGAUCGAACAAUCAAUGCUUUCACCAGGAAUGCUGGCUAAUGGAUUAAUACCCAAUGGCAUGAGUGGAAUUUUUCCACAAACAGGAUUCCAAGGUUUUCCUGGUCAGUUUCUUCCUCAGCCAGGCUUAGUCAGAAAUUCUUUGAUUCCAAGAGCAAGUCAAUUUCAGCAAACUUCAAUGCAAGUUCCGGAAACGAAUCGAAACACUUCAAUGGCUGUCAUUCCAUUUAAUAAUCUGGAUCGAACUUUGCAACAAGUUGUGUCAACAGGACCUACGUUUAGACUACGUAAUCAAACGGCACUUACAGGGUCAGUGCUUCAAAAUAAUGUUGAUCAGAUACCAUUUUCACAGAACAGUCAACAGGCUUUAAGACCAAGAGGAAUGACAAACCAGAAUAAUAUUGUGAAUCGAAUUCCGCAACAGGAUAACAACAGAAACAGGUUAUUAACAUCCCAGACUGGGCUACCAGGACCAUUACAAUUUGCUCGCAUGCAAGAUGGUACAAGACCCAGUAGAAAUAUGUUAGGUCCACUAGGACCAAUUCAGAGAAGCUUGAAUAUUCCAUCCCUUACAAAUCCCUUUAUGUCUUCUGCAAUCAGAGGAAUACCAAGACGAGCAGGUCCUUUAUUACAAGCUAAUACAAACAACAACCAAAUAUCUCCAAAUUCAUUAUUUUUUCCUAUGAACCCAGUCACUGCGCGUGCGUCAACAAUCGGAAGUCCUGGUCCGCCGCCAUUGUCUUCAACUGCAAUUCAAACACCAGAGGAAGUGAUUCAAAGGACAAAUACUAUUGGAUCAAGAUCUGUCUUUUCACAAAGAACAAAUUCAACUGUUAACAUUGAUGGUUCAAUGCUAAAAGCAGAACCUGUUAUACCAAAAUCAGAAAUUCUGUGGAAAUGGGAAGUAUAGACUUUUGCACACCAAUGUUUUGGAAGUGUUUUUGGAUGUAAUGUGCAU